UGUUGCAUUUGAAUCAAACGCAAUGCAUUGCAGCAAAUGCAAGCCGCUGAGUGCAUCAGGAAUCGUGAACUUCACCUCGUCAAGAUCGGCAGAAUUGACGUCUGAAAGUUGUUUACCCUUCCCGAGCAACCGCGGUAAUCAGUGACGAUAACAGCACACGAGUUGUGGUCAGAGGAAGCAUUUCAGUCUCGUUUCUUGAUUCAUUACCGAAUGAUGUGCGAGGAAAAUUGCUCCGUCACCCCACUGAUCAUUACCCGACUGUACGAAUCAAUUUGCAUAGUGUCAUACAUCACACGAUUAUCUGCAGCUUGAAACGAAUGAAUUAUUCAACUCGAUAUCUCUGGCUUAUUCAUUAAUGGCGCAAUGGGUAGCUUCUCAAGAGUUUUCAAUGGUCUGAUAAAAUUGAAGGAUAGCUCACUGAUUCUUAAAACAGGCAAACAAUGCGCAAGUUACGCGACCGCCUCGAAACCACUCACACAGUUGUCCGAGGAUGAACUUCUGAUGAAAGAAUCUGUUUCAAAAUUGGCCGUGACGGAAAUAUUGCCUAAGGUCCGGAAAAUGGAGGACGAGGAGAAAAUAGAUGACGGCGUCCUCUCCAGUUUGUUCGCAAAUGGGUUGAUGGGCGUUGAGAUUGAAGAAGAGUAUGGAGGAAGUGGGUGUAGUUUCAUGUCAUCUAUCAUAGUCGUUGAAGAACUUGCGAAAGUUGAUCCUGCGGUCACCGUUUUAGUAGACAUUCAAAAUACACUGAUUAACUCGUUGUUUCGAAAACUGGGAACUCCUCAACAGAAACAAACGUAUCUCCCUAAAUUAGCACAAAACACAGUAGGAAGUUUUUGCUUGUCUGAGGCAAGUUCGGGGUCAGAUGCUUUCUCAUUAAAAACAACAGCCACUCAGGAUGGUGACGAUUACAUCAUAAAUGGAGCCAAAAUGUGGAUAUCAAAUUCAGACUUAGCUGAUGUAUUUCUUGUGAUGGCAAACGCUAAUCCAUCUGCUGGUUAUCGAGGCAUUACUACUUUCAUAGUGGAUCGAAACACACCUGGCCUCAGCAUUGGUAAGAAAGAAAAAAAACUGGGAAUGUCUGCCUCUGGGACUUGCAUGGUUUACUUUGACAAUGUUCGAGUGCCAAAAAACAAUAUUCUUGGUGAAUUUGGAAAAGGUUACAUUUAUGCAGCAAGUUUCCUUAACGAGGGUCGUAUAGGCAUCGGAGCACAGAUGGUCGGUCUUGCACAAGGAUGCUUGGAUGCAACAAUUAAAUAUACACUCGAAAGAAAACAAUUUGGACAGGAAAUUUUCGCAUUCCAGAGUAUGAAGCAUGACAUUGCCAAAAUAGCCACUGAAAUUGAAGCUGCCAGGUUACUAGUAUACAAUGCAGCCAGGAAAGUGGAAGCUGGUGAACCUUUCAUUCAAGAGGCAUCAAUGGCAAAAUAUUUUUCAAGUGAGGUGGCUCAAAAAACAACGGUCAAAUGCAUUGACUGGAUGGGGGGCGUGGGCUUCACGAGAGAUUAUCUACAAGAAAAAUUUUACAGAGACGUCAAGAUUGGUACCAUAUAUGAAGGAACAACAAACAUGCAAUUGGAAACAAUUGCAAAAUACAUAAGAAAACAAUACUCUUGAAAAGUUUGAUUGACUUCAGGUGAUGCCCGCUUCAAAUCCUUCCACAUAUCAAAAAAUAAGUGUAGAAGCAAACCCUAGUAUCACAAAGCUAAGAGGAAAAUCAAGUUCCAUUAAUUCAAAAUCCAUGAGGUUUUAUUUUGAAAACUCCAAAGAAUUUUCCUCAAAGCUUGAUGCUGGUGAUAUGAUGUAAGAUUAAUGACCAAUGCUUUUGAGCUCAAUGAAGUAAAAAUUAAGGGAAAAUCUGAGUCCCUUGAUAGAACUCCCCUCACUUGAUAUUUUCUUGUAACUGCCCUAUUAAAAGGGUUUUCCAUGUGGAAAGGGAGUAUUUGGAGUAACAGGGAAAUUUCAAAAAGUAUAUACAUUUUGAUCUAAAACUUUAGAGGUCACACAUAAUCAUUAAGAAUUUUUUGUUGCUCUAAUAAAUACUUCUUUAUUUUGCAAAAGAGACUAAACUUACAGUCCGUUGAUACAUAUUUACAAAAACAAAAGAUAGUUAGUUAAACAAGACAAUAAAUAUUUAAAAAAUAACUUAGAAAUCACAUAUCAGGUACAACUAGAGUAAAAAAACAUUUCGCAAUGAUCAAAACAAUGUGGACCGAAUUCAGUUCUGUGAGAUUUUAAAAACAAAAGUAAACAGAAAAUAGAAUGUAAAAAAAGCAGAUAAAAAAAAGAAAAGAAAAAUAUUUCUAAAAAUACACCAUAUCCGAAGGUGUGUCAAAUGAAGAAAGAUCAAAAUUCGAAACAAUUUGGUGACAAACACUGACUGUAGAAUAAAUAAUUCAGAUUUUCUUUUGCAUAGAAUGGAUCAUUAAACCAGCAAUAGGAUUUCAUCAACAAAAAGUUGAAAUAAGGUAGGAUAAUGAAUAAUUUGAGAUGAAAUCUUGUUUUUAUAUGCCCAAUGUAGUGAUGAAAAAUAUAAAUUUGAAGAGUGCCACUUCUUGAUGGGAUUGAAAAACUUUAUAUUUAAAGGGGAUUUAUUUCAAUUCUGACUAGAUCUUGAACUUGAAGGUAUCAGUAAUCCAUUCAAAUGGUUUUAGAGGAAUUGCAAAUAAGAAGGGAAUAAUUUUUAAAAUAAAGAGUGAAAAAAUCAUCAGUGGCUAAGGUUAACCAAUGUCAUGGCAUCUUCCUAUUUUUAAUGAAAAUGGUAUUGAACAGUUUUCGAGAAAUCUCUGGCAAUGCGAAAAUAGAGGAAUCUAAGCUUUAAAAGAAAGUAUGCCUCCAUCAUUAAAGAAUGAAAUGAAAAUCUUGUUGCUGAAAAUUCCUUUUUUACUGUUUGUUUGUUUGUGUUUUUUUUUCCACGUCCAAAAGUGAGGCAAAUCAUACUUUCUUCACUGCUCUUGCAGAAAAAUAAAAAAAAUCAUAUCACUUGAAAUCUAACAGAAAAACAUUCCAAAUAAUAAAGUAUGAUAUGAAUAUUCUUUAAUUUAUUAUUAAAAGUUUUUAACUAUUUAAAAAAGAGAGAAACCAAUGAUUAGAGAAGGGGAAAAAAGGAGGCAAACAAAAAAUGAGAGAUUAGAUUAUGGACUAACUAAAGUAAAUGGAAUGUACUAACAUAAAGUAGAACUUAACAGAUGAACGUGAUCUAUUUAGCUAGGAUCCAGAUAUACUGAAACAGGGAGCAUGCUCAAAUAGGAGCAGCCAGCGAGAACUUCAAAAUUUAGUUUAUGUCACAUUGUAACACGCACAUCAUUUAUCAUUUUAAAAUUCUUGAUCAAUACGCGUAAACAGAAUCAUGCAUUCAUAUUUCAUUUUGAAUGAGGAAAAAAAUAAAUAAAGCAAUGCAGAAACCGCAAGAAAAGAAAAAAGAGAAUUGACAUGAUAUUCUCAUAAUGGCAUCAGUCCACCUUAUCGAGUAGAUAUUCACUUACAGUGUUUUAUAUUUAUUUACUUAAAAAUUCCUCAGGAGCACUAUUAAAUUGAUUUGUCUGGUUUAUCUAUUUAAAAUGUUGAGGCAUUAUAUGAUCUGAUGCGAAUGUUUCUAACAGCCUUAAAAAUUGGACUUUUUUUCCAUUACUGUAUUGGCGGCAACAUGUUUUACUCUUUUACCUUAAGGUAUGCUUGAUGUAAACAAAAAGUGUAUGUAUAUUGAAAAAAAAGUACAUUCUCAGAUAUACA